CUUUUACAGGAUGGCCUCACACCAGUUUUAGUUGCUCUAAAUGAAAACAAAGAGCAAAUGGUGAAAUUUUUAGUAGGAAAAGGAGCACGUCUACUUUCAGGGGAUACGGUUAAAAGCAGUGACCAACUAAUUUCUGAACAUGAAGAAGAAAUGAAACCUGAAAAUUCUUCACAGAAUCAUGAUCUAGUGGCUAAGAAGUCUGAAGAAGUCUCUUUAAGCAGUCGUACCCGCAAAGCUGAUACUGAUGAUUCAAGGCCUUCAAAACAUGAGGACUUAAGUUCUGGUACCAAGACUGUCCCGAAACUAAACUUAAGAAAGCAAAUGGCUGCUUUUCUGCGACCCAAGAAAGCAAAAUGUGGUCUUGUGAGCCAAGAAGAUAGACCUUUAUUUGCUGACAACAAUUUUGCAAGGGAAGAUAAGACUGAAACUCUCUGUAAACCAUCCGUCAAUGUCUCUGACUAUUCUCCUCUUGCUUUUGUAUCACCCGAAACUCCUCAAACGUCUUCAGCAAUGCUUGGUGUUACAAAGACUGGAAAAGAAAGGAAGCAGCACACGAGUAAUAAAAUGGAAGGAGCAGAAAACAUAUAUGAUGCUGCUGCUGCUGCUGCUGCUGCUCCUGCUCUUGGUACUGCUCUUGCUGUUGCUGCUGCUGCUGCUGCUGCUGCUGCUCCUGCUGCUGGACUAAUUCAACAAAGAAAGACUGGAAAAACUGAUAACCACCUGUUUCCUACUACGCAGAAUGAAGAUUCUGAUAGUAAUGAUCCUGGUUUGUCUAUCAUGGAAAUAAAGAAAGAUAAAAAUGUAAAGUGGGUAUCAAAAGCAUCUGUGAUUACACCAGGCUUUGAGGAGGCCGAUUCCCUAACUGGUAGUCUACUACGAGUGAGUAAUGACAACAGUCUAAGUAAAAUGGAUCAGGAUGAAAGAAGACCUGCAAAGAAAACAUCUAAGGAAAAGAACAAGGUCAAAAAGCAAGUGAAUUCUGCGGAGCAUCUUGAUGACGAGCAUCUUGAUGACUUAACUCAGUCAUCUGAAACAGCUUCAGAGGAUUGCAAGUUGCAAUCCUCUGAUUAUAAGAGUUCCCUGUUGCUCAUUGAACUUGGAAUGGAUUGUAAAGAUUCUGUUAGCGUAUUGACAAUCCAGAAUGCAAUUCUUAAAUACAAAAGAUCAAUAGAAUUAAAAAGAAAAGACUGUGAACAACUUACAAGAAAAAUUUUACAAGUGGAAUAUAAGGUCAAUGGACUAGAACAGUUGCUAUCAGAAACAAAAGAAAUGAAAUCUCAGUUAGAGCAUCAAAAAGUGGAAUGGGAACGAGAACUCUACAGUUUAAGAUUGACCUUAAAACAAGAAAAAGAAAAAAGAAGAAGUGCUGAAAUUUUAUAUAUAAAUAUUAAGGAGCAAUUAAGAAGUAAAGAAGAGCUGAGUGAAGUUUCUCCUCCUCAUGAAAAAGAAAAAGGUCUGUUACAUGAAAACCGCAUGUUGCAAGAUGAACUUGCCAUGCUAAGACUGGAAAUAGACACAAUAAGGAAUCAGAAGCAGGAAAAGAGGUAUUGUGAAGACACUGAAACUGAAAAAGAAAAGAAUGACAGUCUUCAAAACGCCAUAAAACUGAAUGAGGUAACAUUAACAAAUACAGUAUUCCAAUCUAGUGGGCAGCUGAAUGUUGUGACAACUGAGAAUACCAUGCUGAACUCUAAAUUGCAGGAUGAAAAGCUAAACAGAGAAAGACUGGAAGCAAAACUUCAAUCAUACCGAGCUAGAGUCGCUACAGCUAUACAGGAUCGUGAUCAAAGUCAGGCAUCAAAAAGAGACCUAGAACUUGCUUUCCAGAGAGCAAAAGAUGAGUGGUGUCAUUUACAGGACAAAAUGAACUUUGAGAUGUCUAACCUAAAAGAUAACAAUGAGGUGCUUUCUCAGCAACUUUCUGAAGUCGAAAGUAAACUUAAUGCCCUAGAAAUUGAGCUGCAGUAUACAAGAGAUGCUCUCAGAGAAAAGACGUUGGCUUUAGAACAUUUACAAAGAAACCCAAAACAAACACAGGGUCAGAAGAAGGAAAUUGAGCAGAAAUCUCAAAACGAACAAGGUAAAGUGAAUGAAUACAUGGGAAAGCAUGAAUCCUUAGAAGAGAAAUUAUCUCAACUACAAAGUGAAAAUAUGUUGCUCCGAGAGCAACUAGAUGAUGCCUACAGCAGAGUGGAAUGUAAAGAAAAGACUAUAAUUUAUCUCAAAGACCAGGUUCAGGUUAUUGUAAGAAUGGUUCGAGUUGCAGGUGAAAAACGAGCUCUUCAACUGCGAGAAAGAAAUAAGGAGUUAAUCAAUAAAUGUAAACAGAUAAUGGAAAGAGCAUUUAGAUAUGAAGAUGAGAAAGAAGAAAGAGAAGUAAGUAUUCAGAAAGACAAAUAUUUUUCAAGCUUCCUAUUAGAAAGUUCAAAGUAAUGUUUGGUUAUGGCU